CGGAGUCACUAGGGAGACAAAGGCGGCCAGGCGUGGUGCUGGCAACCCACCCCUCCGUGUGCCACGGUUCCGGCCGUCAUAGAUGCUCGCUAUCAGCACUUGCACCACCAGCUUGUUCAUGCUGUGUGGUGUCUUUGCCUCCCCAUUCCCCCCUCUGCCACUCAAGCCCCUCUCCGCGGCGUCUAUCACAUGGAGCGCGGUUGCUCACCGCAGCCCGCCACCAAGAGGCACCAGUGCGGGCUGUGUCCCUACAGCACAGAUCACCUGGGCAGCAUGACGAUCCACCAGAGGACGCACACAGGCGAAAGGCCCUUCGCGUGCGCCUCCUGUGGAAAGGCCUUCACGACUUCCUGGAACCUCCAGAACCACAAGAGGAAGCAUACGGGCGAGAAGCCCUUCAAGUGCGAUGCCUGCGGGAAGGCGUUCUCCGAAUCGGGCCACCUCGACAAGCACCGGAGGACACACACGGGUGAGAGGCCCUUCGCAUGCGCCCUAUGCGGUAAGGCCUUUGGGACCGCCUGGAAUCUCCGCAUCCAUGAGAGGAAGCACACAGGUGAGAAGCCCUAUGAGUGCAAUGCCUGUGGCCGGGCUUUCUCCGAGUCGGGCCACCUGGACAAGCACCGGGCAACGCAUGCGGCCGAGAGGCCCUUCAAGUGCGACACCUGCGGCCGGGCAUUUGCGCAGGCGCGCUACCUGAAAAGCCACCGAGCGACGCAUGCGGCAGACCGGCCGUUCGAGUGCAGCGCGUGCGGCAAGACGUUCACGCUCGCGCGCUACCUCGACCGCCAUCGGAGCCGCCACGCCAAGAAGGGGGGGAGGAAAAGGCGUGGGAGGAGUGGCCGGGGGGUUACCGCGACCCGGCAAGCCGAAGGGAGCGCCGGCUCUGGAACGUGGCCAACGGAGCAACAGCAACGACUCGGAGGCUCCACACAUGAACGGGAAUGCAGAGGCUGGAGCCCUGCCUUCUCGUCCACUCUGUCGGCAGUCAUAGUGAAGCAGGAGCACGAGGGAAGCGAAAGCGACAAGGGAUGUCCUCCCCCCGAUCUCGCGGCACAAAACGGGGAGAGCGGAGGAGCAGGAGGAGGAAGGAUGCCUAGCUUCGAUACUUGGCCGGGCGUGAAGGUGGAAUAUGCAACGUCCCCGAGAAGCGACAGCAAAGGCGGCGGUGGCGUGAAACUGGAGGAUGAGACAUCGGACACGUGGGGAUACAUUUAACUAUUAAACUAUUUUUGUUUUACAAAGUAAGGCCCACUGAGCUAUUUAGCUUUUUUUCAAAAGCAACCUGGCCAUCAAUGAUUGCCAAACCAUCUGGCUUAUCACGUGGAAAUGUAUUGCAGGGAAAAAAACUGGAGCCCCCAGAGAAAAUCUACAUGAUGACGGCGAGAGAGAAAUGCAAACUCCAUAUAUACGGGCAUCAGCGUUUGGAUAGAACCCACGACUUCUUGUAUACCGGGCGAGGUCGUUAAUGGCUCGCUAAUGUAUCACCCAAAUGAAUGAGCGAGCGCUGAAACUGUCCCUUCCACCGAAGUGGAGGAGAGACUGGAGAGGAUGCGUGUAAUGUUGAGGAUGAGAUGUGGGUGGUGAGGGUUAUCGAUUUAGCCAGGAAAUUUUGCGAUAGCAUGUUUGACUGACAGCAGUUGCAUUCUGUUUGUGCAUCUGUGUGUUUUUUGCUGUAGGGGAGUGCUAUGAACCCGGCGACCCUGGUUCGAUUCCCACUCUCACGGUCAACACCAGUGAUGAUUAUACUGAACUAGUCCUGAGCCCCCCCAAGGUCCACUCAGCCUCAAAUGAGUGCCUGGUGCAGUGUGUAAACAUCGCCACGAGAGAGACAAAGGUGUUCCGGUGUGGUGCUGUCCACCCCCCACCCCCUUAUGUGCCGUGCCGGCCUACAUAGGUGCUAGCUAACAGCACUAGGUUCAACUGUCUGUUAAAGGCUACAUGGGGGUGUGGGGGAAUCUUUAUUACAGUAGAACCUCUGGUCACGUUCGCUUCUGACCACGACCAAAUCGGGUUACGACCAAAAAAUUCACAACAUUUUUUAAUCUGGUCAUGAACACAAACUCGGGUGGCGAUCAAACACGACCGCGGCCGAUUUCCCCUUCCGCGCCAUUUUUUUUUUGUAAGCGCCAAAUUUCCUGUUGUUUGUUUACAAUGUUUUUACAUUGUUUGUUUACAAACAACACAAAGCGUAACAGUUAUCUAUAUAACUUUUGUUAUAUAAAAUUCCUAGAAAGAUAUUUAUUUUGUAAGUGUAAUCAUACCCCUCCCCCCUCAUUCAAGCCGUUGAGUACGUAAAUCGCUAACAUAAGAAUCCGUUAAUCUCUUCUCGAAUCAUUCAUACGAUGAUGCGGUGAAGUAAACGUUCAUACGAUAUUACCCUGAAUGCUUCCAAAAACAAUACUGUACCCAAAUAUUACUGUUAACUUACUUUCAAUAGAAGCAUGAAUUGCUCAUAUUAAUAUUCUCUUUCUCAGAAUCGACCGACUGAUGUAGCAGACGAAACAAUCAUCUUGUUAAACGAUUCUAAACCUUGACGCGGCAAUGUUAGUUUUCUCUGUUCAAGGUUUUCUCAGUGUUAUUCAAUGUUUUUACAUUUAGUUUAGUAUUGCACUGUGAAUUCUAUGGCAUAAUUAACUAUUUUUGUGCUUAAAAAUCUUUAAAAAUAUAUAUUUAUAUACAGUUCGUUGGAGUCUGGAACGGAUUAAUCGUAUUUAUAUACAAUCCAAUGGGGAAAUUAGGUUCGAGUCACGACCAAAUCGGGUUGCGACCAAAGUUAUGGAACGAAUUAUGGUCGUGACCAGAGGUUCUACUGUAUUGUAUUUAGCUAUUCGGAGGGGGAACACAAGAACACGGAGGAAACCCAUGCAGAACAGGGGGAGAACAUACAACUAUAUACAGAGUGGGUGUCAAAAUAUAAAUAAAAUUGAUAUGCAGAUGACAAGUCUCCUCGCCACGGUGGCAAGGUGCUAAGGACCUCACCUGAUAUACAGGAGAUGGUGGGUUGACGCUGACAAUGCCUGUUUAUUUUUGCAAAUCUCUCCCCGAGUCAUGUGGGUUUUUCUCCGGGCCCUCCGGGUUUUCCCUCGAGAAUAAUAGGCAACUUCGUUGAGCUAUAAUUUCUGAUAGCCAGGUUGCUUCUUGACAAAGAGCUAUAUAGCUCAGUGGGCCUUAUAUGAUAAAAUACAAAGUUUAGUUUUUAGUUUUGUUCAUCUCUUCAAGUGGAGGGUCCUUGCCUGUAAACUUGUCAAUUCACCAGCUUGGAUUCAAGCAAAGCCUGAUGAGACUGAUGAUGGGUGAUUGAGUGAAUAAGGGCACUGUGACAGUGCCAGUGACUGUAGAUGCCUGAGAUUCGAUCUCAGGACAUGGUAACGGUGUCAGUAUGUAUAUAUUUACGUUGAACCUUUUUCGCACCGUACAUAGCCAACCGUGCUAAUCACACAAAAAGCAGUUGUAAGGAAAAAAUGUUUCAUUAAAAUGUUUACAAUGCA